GCGACAACAAUGAGGCCGUGCAAGCACACCAAAUGGUUGAGCGUCUGGAAAGAUGGUGCAAACAUCGGUCUUGAAGUGAGUAACAGACCUCGACGUAUGUUGGAGGGAGUUGCCAGCGUGGACAGCGCGUCUGGAGGAGUUUUGUUCAUGGUUGGAAAUGCUGGCAAGCGCCACGCUUUGAAGUCACUGGAACAGCCCUAUAGGCAACGAUCAACUCUCCAGGGAGAGGAGGUGCACCUUCGCACCUUUGAUCUUAGGUACCCCAGUGGUGGUCCUGUCGUCGUUGUUGACGCUGAAGUACCGUCCGACUUCCGACCAUUGCCCCCUCGCGGCAGUGAGCGCUGUCACAAAGUACGCAGUCACCGGCUCGAAACUGGCCCGGGGCUGGAUGGAAUUGGCCGGUCGCUACGCGAUAUACAGAGAAGGGUCAUACUACCGCUGGCAGACGUCGUGUGCAUAUUUGUUGAUGAUCUUGGUGGUAUGAGGCGGUCCUUGCAGCUUGUGGAAGCUUGGCUGGUGCCCGAUGGGUCCAGGAGAGCCACGCUGCCUCAUUUACUCCUUAUCAUCGGGCAAAAUCGCGAGCGUGGAGCCAGCAGUAUGCUCCAAGAUUUCAUAAUCUCGAAACGAGCGGAAAUCGAAGAGAGAUUCAAAAACGUCUCGACCGUGCACACUGGCUGCAGGGCGCGGAGACGGCGGCGUGGCAGGCAUCAUCGCACUGCCGGGCCGGUCUUGGAUGCCAUCUUGCGUGCUAUCGACGCCAGACGUAGCGCCCGUAGGAGGUCACGUCAUAAUUUUGCCGUUCGACACGUUGCUGAGCUUCUAUCUAUGGCGAUAUCCCAAUAUUUGGCGAGCCCCCGCGAGACUCUCGACUUUAUCCAUCUAUGCCGGGAUGGUUGGGGCGUGGCUGCAGAUCUCCCGGAACACAUUUUCAACUUUCUCUGUCAAUUUCAGAAACCAGGCAGCGUCAGGCGCAUAGCAAUUCCAACCGUCGCUUCUUCGUUGAUAUUAGACCACUAUGCACCUGGAAUGCACCUGUACGAUGCCGCCGAGGUUUUUGAGGCCUUGUACGCCGCGAAGUGUUUCGCGGCAGCCGAUCGACUGUCGCGUGAGACGAAAACGAAAAUCCCCCCAAGAGAGAUUGUGAGACUUAUAAGGAAUGAAAUGAUAACCCAGUUCUCCCAAUUGUUGGCAAUAGGCACGGCCGCACAGUGGCAUAGGAAGCAUCUGAUGCGCUUCCGAGCCCUUCACGAUAUCUGCAUGGUUGACACGUGUCUGAGCUGCCUUCGUCGAAGACCUCAACAUCGCAUGCCAUGCGGGCAUCUAUUCUGUCAGGUAUGCUUGAAAAUCUUUCAUAGGAAAGAAAGCGAGCAGUCGUGGACCCUCCGCCCGGAUUCAUGUCACGUCUGCGGUUUGGGAUGCGCCGGCCUCGCCGUCAGACUAAUACCAGACACCGCGCGAGCUCGUGUUCUGAGCAUCGACGGAGGAGGCGUGAGAGGUAUAGCCCCACUCAAUUUCCUGAAAGCAAUACAGGAAGAGAUUGGCAUAGAGGACCAUAACAUAGGCGAUGACUUCGACGUCGUGUUAGGGACAAGCUCAGGCGGGCUGAGUGCAAUUUGCUUGGGACUUUUCGGUUGGUCUAUCGAUAGAUGUUUGGCUGCCUUCCGUGACUUCGCGGCGCGAGCAUUUGAAUGCGAGCAGCCCAAAGCACUGCGCUGUUUGGCCAAGUGCCCGUUUCUGACGCCUCUCGCUCGUCUCUUGACCAUUCUGAUCGCAGUGCUAGCUGACAGCAAGUACUCAGGCGCACAAUUAGAGCAGCUUCUCCAGCAAAUCUGCGGCGCGGGAAGGACCAUGCUAGAUCGCUGUCCGCGCGAAGAGUCAUGUCCGUUCGUUGGUGUGACACUGACCGCUACAUAUGAUGGCCGCGCCGUUAUUUGUACCAGCUACAAUUGCAUCGGUACUCGUUCCAGCAGCAGCGGCAUACUACCAAGCUACGACGGGAGAAGGUUCAUCUCGCUUUGGGAAAUAGCUCGAUGCGCGACGGCAGCUCCUUAUUACUUUCCCCCGAAGAGGCUCGGGCAGCUUGGAAAUUUCCAGGACGGCGGCCUAGCGUUCAACAACCCGGCCUCCUUGGCUGUUCAGGAGGCGAUAGCAGUCAAUCCAGAUGCCGGAGAGCCAGAUCUAGUGCUUUCGCUAGGCACGGGUCUCAAAGCACCAUCGAAUCCUCAGGGGAAGACUCACUGGCUCCACAACACGUUCCCCUUUCGCAUCUCCCAGGCUCUGUGGAAUCUCGGUAGUUCUACUUUUGCUUGGGCACAGCUUCUAGAAAACAGGGGAUCCAGUCGCACAGAUUACCACAGAAUUGACAUCCACACACAAGGCAAGGAGACUAGAUUGGAUGAGGUGAACCGGAUGCAAGCAUUUGGCGACAUGGCAUACAAAUCGGUGAAAGGUUCCAAGCAAGUUCGAACCAUAGCUAGUCGUCUGCGUGCGGAGUUUUUCAUAUUUCAAUUGGAUCCUUUAUCACCCCCUACUUAUUUCAACGGCGCCUACAACUGCGUAGGCUACGUUACUUGUCGUCUUGGGGGCGGGGACGAGAAGGUUCAGGCCCUCAUGAGACAGCUUGUUGCCAAGUCCUCCACCUUCCGGUUGAGACAGCAGUCAGUAGACUGCUCGAGUCACCGUAUCGACGGGACAUUUACUCACAAGAUGGAAUUUCGAGUAGCCAGCAUGCAGGAAAGCUUUCAUGUGGUGCUGUCCGUGGGCAAUGACGUGGAUUGCGAUAUCAGUGGGUCGCCGUUUACCCUAGACUGGCUCGUUCAGCGACAAAAAAUCGGGAGAUGCUUCGGCGUUGAGGAUCACAGGAAGCGCCCAGUGCCCCCAGGGAUCGAUGGACGAAUUUCAAAGCGCCGUAGGCUCUAA